AUGGACGACGGCGCCCCACCACCUGAGGAGGAUUUUAACUCUAUCCCAAUUUCCGACCGUCUCGUCCACAAGAACUGGAAGGCCCGUGUCAGUGCUUAUGAGUCUUUGGUGAAGAUAUUCCACACAACUGCCUCCGACUCCGAUCCUGCCUUCAAACCCUACAUCAAUAACCCGGAUCUACUAAAGAAGAUCGUCACGGACAGCAACGCAGUUGCGCAGGAGAAAGGAGUAGAGUGCCUCGUGGCGUUCGUCAAGUUUGCAGGAGAGAAUGCUGCGCGUACGAGAGAGGCCGUCGUCCCGGUGUUAGUGGACAAGUCCUUCGGCUCAACACGCGCCGGCACGAAAGCACAAGCUAUAGAGCUUGUAUUACAAUAUGUUGAAGUUGAAAACGGUGGAGCAGGGGUUGUGGAAAAUAUCCUGCCCGGUCUGGGAGCCAAGCAACCGAAGAUCGUAGCAGGAUGUGUGACUGCGCUAAGGGAGAUCGUGCGAGUAUUCGGGACUUCAGCAGCUCCUCCGGCGCCAGUUCUGAAGGCAUUGCCGAAAAUAUUUGCACAUUCUGACAAGACAGUUCGUUCAGAAGGGACGCAUCUCGCGCAUACACUAUACCAAUACAUUGGUCCCGGUAUAGAGUCGUGGCUGGCCGACUUGAAGCCGGUACAAGUGAAGGAGCUGAAGGAAGCAUUUGAGGUGAUGGAGAAGGACGGCAAGGGGAAGGGUAGUCUGAAGCCAGAGAGGAUGACAAGGGCGGCAGCGAGAGAAGCAGAGGCGGGAGGAGGUGACGAGGAAGAAGCUGCCGCAGAAGAAGAGUCUGCGCCUCCGGAUCCGCGCAUGUUCGCUGAAGAGGUCGACAUCGUCCCUAAGCUAUCAGCAACGCUGCGGCCGUCGCUGGGAUCUUCAAAGUGGAAGGAGCGCAAGGAGGCGCUUGAUGAUUUGUUAACUCUUCUUAAUGCCACUCCGAGGAUCAAGGACUCCUCCGAGCUGGGAGAGGUUGCGAAGGCUCUCGCAACUUGUGUGCACAAAGAUGCGAACGUAAACUGUGUCAUGACAGCCGCGAACUGUAUAGAGGCCCUGGCGAAGGGUAUGAUGGGCGGGUUUGGCAGGCACAGGGAGAGCAUCGUGUCUCCGUUGUUAGAGAGGAUGAAGGAGCGGAAAGUUACUGUGACAGAUGCUAUUGGAUCUGCACUGGAUGCCGUAUUCACAACAACAACCCUGCCUGAUAUCAUUCCAGACAUUAUUUCUGCUGUCAACUCGAAGAAUCCUCAGGUCAAAGAAGGUACACUGAGGUUCCUGGGGAGGUGCCUUGCGAUUUCUACCAUUCCCGUUCCUCCUCCACAGGUGAAGCCCUUGUCCGAUACGCUCGCUUCCCUUUUGGAGGACUCUUUCGAAGGUGCUCGCAAUGAGGCAGCGAUUUGUCUGGGCACCCUGAUGAAGAUGGUCGGGGAGAGACCUUUGAAUGCUCUAAUGGAGAAUCUUGCCGACGUACGGAAAGUUAAAGUGAAGGAGGCAUACGAGAAGGCUACGGUCAAGGCAAAGGCUGGUGCAAGUGGGCCACCAAAAGCUGCCCCUGCAGCCAAGGAGCCACCAAAGAAGGCGCCUACCAAAAAGCCGGCGGCUUCGUCAACCGCCCCUUCCACCCCGCUUGAUGAUGAAGUUCUCACUCCAACUGAGGACAAACCCUCGAAGAAGCCCCCGGCAAGAAUGCUGGCCAAAAAGUCCGCCGCGGCCGGUGUAUCACCGGGAGGCGCAGUUGCGUCACCACCUCCCGCCGGACCAGCAAAGAAACUGCCCCUUGCCGCAGCAGCAGCAGCAUCAAAACCCUCCAAGGGCGUUCUUGCGCCAGCUCCCGGAACUCUCGACACGUUCAAGUUCAAGCAUACUCUAGAAGACGCGGAAGCACUUGCUGCAGAACUCGUUCCACCCAAUUAUGUCGCUGAUCUUGGAGACUCAAACUGGAAGACUAGAUUAGCUGGGUUGGAGGAGAUGACUACUUGGGUGCAAGAUUCUGCAGGUAGCUUAGACGCAGAAGUCGUCGUCCGGUUCUUGGCUAAGAAGGGGUGGAGUGAGAAGAAUUUCCAGGUGUCUGCCAAAUUGUAUGGCAUUCUGAACAUAUUAGCGGAACAAUGUCCAUCAUUCGGAAGGUCCUGCGUCGCCCUUUGCGUACCCCAUCUAACGGAGAAGCUGGGUGAUUCAAAAUUGAAGAAACCAGCCGGCGAGACCCUUUUGAUCUUUGCAGAGAAGACAUCUCUGCAGUUCGUGUUGGGCCAUGCAUACGAACCGCUGUCGAAACAGAAAGCACCUAAGAUGCUGGCGGAUGCAGUAACGUGGAUCGAGCAAGCUCUCGUUGAUUUUGGGUUGGCGGGGCUGUCACUUCGCGCCCUGAUUGAAUUCCUCAAGACGACGCUGAAGAAUUCCAACGCUGCUGUACGAACAAGUGCAACCAAGACGCUUGUCGCAGUGAAGCUGUUCGCUGGCUCCUCUAUCAAGGACCUACUCGAGGAUCUCAAUCCACAGCUUUUGGCCACUAUAUUGAGCGAAUUUGAUAAAGUGGAAGGUACUCCAACCCCGGAACCCACGCGCAUUUCUGCAGAUCUUGCCAGCAUGGUAGCAGCUCCUGGAGCCAGUCUGGGCAAGGGCGGUGCCGCACAAGCUGAUCCUUUGGAUGACCUCUUUCCUCGUGUGGAAAUUGAUAGCUUACUCAAAGGAACCGCUAUUCUCACCGAUGCCAAGAGCGAUGCCUGGAAGACGAAGAAGGAGGCACUUGAAGCGCUACAGGUGAUCUUGGACCAGGGCUCGAACAAACGCCUGAAGCCUAAUAUGGGAGAGAUCGGUCAAGUGCUCAAAGCCCGGGUCACAGAUACAAAUAAGACCGUCCAGUCCCUUGCGCUCGACAUUGUCUCACGAGUUGCAACCGGUAUGGGCAAGCCAUUCGAAAAACACACUAAAUUUUUCGUUCUGCCUGUUGCCACCGUGCUCUCUGAUCAGAAGGCACCCAUUCGUGCUGCCGCGAUCCAAACUCUCACAUCUAUUGCCACUGCAUGUGAAGGGGUUGAAGCUAUGGUGCCCGGGAUCGCGACUGCGUUGGAAUCGACGAACCCAGUGCAACGAGCAUCUCUCCUGGGAUGGAUCGUUGACUGGUUCAAGGCGCAUGAACUCCCUUCUGGGCUGGAUCUGAGUAACUGGGCUGGUCCAGUGAUCGCUUGUUUGGACGAUCGCAACGGCGAUGUCAGGAAAGGCGCGCAAGCCCUUCUGCCCGCCCUUGUAGCAUACGCGGGAUAUGACUAUAUUCUUCAGCAGGCAAAUUCGCUGAAGCCGGCGUCGAGGUCAACCGUCGUUCCUUUGUUACAGGCAGCCCGCGCCGCUGCACCAGCUAGAAGUGCACCAGCUCCUGUAGCUACCAAGCCAUCAGCACUCGCAGCACCAACGAAGGCGGGACCAACGAAAGCCGCUCCCGUUCAAACACCUCCGGAAAGCCCACCACCUCAGGAUGCUCCCGAAUCUUCAAAGGUCGCAGUGCCGGGAAAGUCGCUUGGGGUGCGUCGCAAGUUACCUCAAGGCACGACUGCUCGAGCAGAUUCCCGUUCGGAAACGCCGGUGGAAGGGGUCACUUCUCGCCUCCCAAGUAAACUCGGCACUGGUUUGAAGCGGCCUGGUGCUCCAGUCGCUUCAACUUCUAAAACAACACCUGCUGAAGUUGCCCCCGCGUUGCCGUUUACCAGUAGCAAUCAGGAUGCGAAGAGAGCACGUUUGGCGAAGGAUGCUCAAAAGUGGGUUAACGAAGCAGGCCCAACUAGAAAGGAUCUCGCAGAAUUACUACAACAUCAGAUGGAACCGCACGCAUCUAGAGAUCUGAUCGCCCUUCUGUUCAGCCACGACCACAACGCUGUGAACGAUCAUGUCUCUGGUCUAAAUGCUCUACAAGAGCUCUACACCAGUGCUGUGGCUGGAGAUGAAAUGCCUGGGCUGUCAUCGGAAGACUUUCAAGCUAUCUGUCUGGCAAAUUCUGAUCUUGCUUUGAAGUAUGUCUCUAUAAAAGCCCAUGAACCUCAAUCAAACCUAGUUCAGAAAUGCUUGGAUGUCGUGGAGGCAGUUCUAGCUUUCCUGCAGAGUGUCGAAUAUCAGCUGUCUGAUGCGGAAGCCAUGUGUUUUAUUCCCACCAUCGUUUACAAACUGGGGGAUGCGCGUGAGCCGGUGCGGGUCCGUGUAUCGCAGAUCGUUCAGACUUUCCCAAAGGUCUAUGCCUAUAGUCGAGUAUUCCAACUUCUACUCGAGCACGGAUUAAAGUCCAAGGUCGCAAAGACUCGCCAAGGAACAUUCGACGAACUUGGCAGCCUCUUGAAACGAUUUGGUACGGGUGCGUGCGAGCCGAGUAAAGCCUUCCCGGUCAUUGCAGCGUCGAUAUCAGACAAGGAUCCACAAGUGCGCAAGUCAGUGCUUACUACUCUUGGCGAAGGAUAUUCCCUAGUUGGAGAGACGAUCUGGUCGCUUGUCGGGCCACUCUCUCCAAAGGACAAGACACAAUUGGAGGAACGCCUACGUCGUGUCCCUGGAGCAAGCACCCCAGACAAGGCUGAGAUUGCCCCUUCCACCAAACAUGCUUCUCGUUUGGCGACCAGCAUAGCUAGAUCUGGUUCCCCAGCUGCAGGACCGGCUUCUCGAAUAGCUGGACAAUCUCGAAAUGCUAGUCCGGCUGUCCUUCCAUCGUCUCGUCUUGCUCGUCCGGCAUCACCUGCAAGUACUGUCAGGUCUGCAUCUCCCGCGCUUAGUAUUGCUCGUCCUGGUUCCCCGGCAAGGUCUUCAAAACUGCCUGGCCCAUCACAUCUGCCUGGUCCAACAUCACCGACUUCGAUAGGUCGACCAAAGAGCCUCGUACCGUCUCGAUUAGGACCUCCACGAUCGCGUUACAAUGAUGUACAGUCGUCUUACGCGGUGUCGUCUGCAUCAAGCCGUGAAAUACUGCAUCAAGAAGAAGUGAUUCCACGUGCUGUGAACGGCAAUGGCCACCUAAACAGUCACAGAGAAAAUGAGAUCACGGACUUUGGACCACCAGCUGCUUCGCCGGACGAUAUUACGGUCACGAUCUCCAGCAUCCUCAGCAAUGACCCAUCACGUAGCGUGGAUGCCUUGAAGAAAGUUCAGAAGGUCCUAGAGAUGGGCCCUGAAGAUGGCCCGUCGUCUCCAGCAUAUCAGGAACUUGCAGAGCAUACUGAAGGUUUGAUCGAGACUAUCACCCUCCAGAUGGCGCAUGUAUUUGAACGGCCGGAGAAUAUCACGCAGCCGGAAAAUUUUCGGCUUGCGAAGCACCUCAUCCAGACGCUCAAUGCAUUCUGUGACCAUGUUUUCCUUGCGGAGUCACUAACGGUGGACAUUCUGACAUCAUUACUCGAGGAGUUGACCCUGCGCCUCCUUCAAACAGACAACAGCCCAGAUAGCAGAGUCAAGGAUCUGUCACGAUUCAUUAACAUGAUCAUCUUGCGCCUCUUUGCCACUGGCCGCAGGAUGUCUGUCUUCCGGGCACUGUUUGCGCUGUUGCUCCAGAUUGUGAAACCAUUCCCAACGAAUGGCACUCACCCAGAGUCUCAAGAGGCCAAGGUUGCUGAGUUGGUGCUCAAAUGUGUCUGGAAAUUGGCGAGAAACAUUCCUCAGGAUCUGGAGAAAGGUGUUCUCGAUACUGCGGAGCUGUUUCCUGCUGUGGAGCAUUUCUUGCAGUCUGUUCCACCGAAUGAAUGGCGUGCUCGGGCCACCAACAAGGUUCCAUGCGGUGAUAUGCCUCUGCGAACAAUCAAGGUCAUCAUUCAGCACGUGGUUGCUCACUAUGGAGAUGAUGUAUACGAUCUGCUCUCCGCCUCCUUCGACGACCCGUCCGCCACAAUUGUCUAUCCGUACGUCUAUCGAAUUCUAAAUUCGACAGCUCGGACGGCAACAGAAAUCCCAGUGCGAAGCAAUGGUGUGGCUCAUGAUCAACCUGCACCGUACUCUCCUGGUCGUGCGACAUCUCCUCACGGAACAUCAUCCUCUGUCACUUCGGAUCAUCAACGUCAAUCCUCAUCCAGCCAUGCGAGAAGUCCGAGCGCUUCUUCUACGAACGGGAUCACGACGGAGCCAGACCUUGACGACCAGCUGAACACUAUCAUCAGCCAUAUUUCCAGCGAGACCACGGGUGCGAUGCACAAGGAAGGAAUCACUGAGCUUCACCACUUCCUCAAGGCGUAUCCUCACAAAAAGCCCAAGGUCGAUAAGAUAUUGGAAUCGACAGGGACUGCCUUCCGCAAAUACAUUACAAGAGCGUUGGCCAGUCGAGCGGCGGAAGACGAGGAGAGAAACGUGGCUGUUGCGAAUACUCUGUCGAAGCUAGAGUCAAAUCAGCGUGAGCGAGCGUUGACCCCUCCCAACCAUUUUUCAUAUCUCGAUUCCAACGGCGCAGCUACAGCUAGCUCGCCGGUCAGCAGUCGUGCGGAGACAUCGCCUAGAUCUCCACCACGUCCGGGACUGUCUGACUUGCCUGACUCCCAACAAGAGAAACUGUCACGACUACAUGACCUUUUCCAAUAUCGAUCCAGUACAGCAAGUAACGGAUCGUCGCAAGGUCGAUCAGUGCCGUCAACGAGGGUUGCUCCUGGCUAG